AUGAGAUCAGUGGCCGAUAUCGUGAGACCGGCACUAUGCCUGUGGCUGGGAAAUUUUGUGAAACUCUCUCGAUCAAAGCGAAUGAGUAUCUCCGUGUUAGUUGAGAACAUUAUCAGCCACCACUUAACUCUUUUGUAA